AUGCCAGACAUCGUUCUCAGCAAUAUUUUCAGCAAACUGGAUCUUGUCAGUGGGCUGAAAGUAAAAAAUACCUGCAUGCGACUCCGCUUUGUCUCCAAUUCCGGAACGAUUCCCUGUGAUCAUGGAUGUGUGAUUAUUUUAAAGGAAAAAAUAUGCUUGCAGUUUGAUAAUUUUCAUGCGACGUAUCAAAAACUGGGUCGCAAUUGUCUAGUUCAGAAAGACAAUGGGCCGAUGCAUAAUAUUUUCAACCAGGAUUACAAGAAUGUUGCAUUGAAUGAUUUGAAAUCUGUUCUCCAGUGCGUCAACUUUUGCAUCAAUCACUUGGAGUUUAUGGUAUCUCCGCAAUGCGAACGCAUCUACGCGAAAUUCAUUUUCACGAUCAUUAAGAGUCUGGAGAACGGAGGGCGCCCAAAGAAGCUCAAAAUCAAAGUUCUAUUCAACCGCAGUACCAAUUUAGGAAAGAUCAACAAACUAAUCCCAUUCAUGGAACCAGGUUAUCUGAACACAAUGUUGCUCCUAUUUAACGAAACGAGAGAACAAGAUUUUGAUAAGAUUGUUCACACGCAACAAUGGCUUCAAUGCGAAACAUUGGGAAUUCAUGGAGACAUUGGAAAUUUUGUGCCAUCGAAGUACUUGAACAAUUUCUUGCAUUUCAAUAAUAUCGACCUGCAUUGCUCUCCAACAUUGGCAGAGAUACUACAUUUUGCCGGAACAAUCACUGUAUCUCCAACUCUUCAAUUGUGCCAAAUAUACACUAGCAGGCCAGAGUUCGACUUUGAACAUCUUGAAACAGCACUUGGUUUAACCGACCCGUACGAAGGUCCAGAUGGUGACACCUGUUACUCACUGGCCAUUCCAGAUUCAGACGACCGUAUCACCUACAAUCUGUCAUACGAUACGUUAAAAUUACAAAAAGUGAACAAAGCACUCCGUUCAUAUGUUGAUGAUAAAAAGCCCGAUUGCCAAAUUAGAACUCUCAAUGCUUUUAUAAAUGCUGAUGAAGCUCAAAUCAUACUUGAAAACGAGCUAGAAGGAUGGAUUCAUAUUAGAUACAAAGCAGUCAAUGAGAAUACAACAUCUGUGCGUGAGAAACAGGAACGAAAAAUUGAUGGCAUAAACUUUAUGAAGGCACUUAACAGCGACCUGGAGAUUUUAUUGAAACAUCAGAAGCCUGCUUCCGAACCUAUCACCCUGUUUAUCCAGAUUGAUAAUUAUUAA